AUGCCGGAGCGCCAGAGCGGCGGACCCUCAUCCCUUCCCCUUAACCUCACCAUGGCGGCAAUGCCGGACGCGGACCGCGCGGCCAUGACGGCGCCGCUGCUCCCACGGCCCGCGUACCUGACAGCCUCCUUCUCCUCCUCCUCCUUCGCGUCCUUCUCCUCGUCCUCCUCCUCCACCUCCUCCACCACCUCCUCACCCCCCUCCGCUUUCCCGCCGCCCGCCGCGAUGCCGCCGAUGCCGCAGCCGCACGGCCCGUGCAAGGCGCUGGCGGUGCUGCGGGACCACGCGGGCUCCGUCUCCAGCCUCUCCCUCUGCGGGGAGUUCCUGCUCAGCGCGUCCACGGGCGGUGACAUCGUGGCGUGGCAGCAGCCCGACCUGCGGCGCUUCGCGCGGUUCGGCCACGGCGAGAACGGCGGCUCCGUCAAGGCGCUGGCGGCCACGGGCGGGCGGGUCUUCUCCGCGCACCAGGACGGCCGCGUCCGCGUCUGGCGCGUCUCCCGCCGCUCCCGCUCCGAGAACGCCUUCAAGCUCGUCGCCGCGCUGCCCACCGCCAGGGACUACCUGGGCCGGGUGUUCCGCCAGGCCAGCUACGUGCAGACGACGGCGCGGCGCAGCCACCGGCGCCUCUGGAUCGAGCACGCCGACAGCAUCUCCUGCCUCGCCGUCGCCGCCACCGUGCACGACGCCGCGCUGCUCUACUCCGGGUCGUGGGACCGCACGCUCAAGGUCUGGCGCAUCGCCGACCUCAAGUGCCUCGAAUCCAUCCGCGCCCACGACGACGCCAUCAACGCCGUCGCCGCCGACGCCGGCGUCGUCUACUCGGCAUCCGCCGACGGCCGCGUCAAGGCCUGGGAGAAGGGCAAGGCGUCGCAUUUCCUCCAGGGCGUCCUCGUCGCCCGCGACGGCGUCUCCUGGAACGCGCUCGCCGUCGCCGCCGCCGACCGCAGGGUCUACGCAGCGGGCUCCGACGGCCACGUCGCCGGCUGGGACCGCCUCGGCGGCAGGACCGCCGCGCGCUGGACCCUCGCGUGCGAUGUCAAGGCGCACGACAUGGCCGUGCUGUGCCUCUGCGUCGUCAGGGACCUGCUCUGCACCGGCUCCGCCGACAAGACCAUCGGCCUGUGGCGCUGGCAGAGCGGCGGCGAGCUGGCCAAGUUGGGCGUCGUUGCAGGCCACGAGGGCCCCGUCAAAUGCAUCCAGGCGUCCUGGUGCAGGCUCAGCAAUGGCUGCAUGGUCUACAGCGGGAGCCUUGACAAGACCAUCAGAGUUUGGUGGGUGCCCGGUGCUUUGCAGGAUGGCAAUGGCAACGAGCAGCAGCAAGAAAAGAGCUUCAAGGAUCAGAAUCAGAAUGAGAAGGCUUCUUUGUUCUUGAGAUGA